ACUCGCAGCAAAGCUUACAACAUGACUUUACAGUGCUCGUUCUCUUGUAGGUUCGGAGAAAUUGCCAGAUUUUAUAGGAACAGGCUACCUGGUAGCACUUGAAGCAAAACUCCUGCAGAAUUAUAUCAAACAAAAGCAUCCCCAAAACCAGGAGCCCUGUAAAUGUUUUAUUUUGGGAGAUCCAUUUACUUCUCAUCUACAAAGCAGAAGCGAUUCAGAGAUUAAGCGUUGAACCGUUGAAUCAAAAUGAACACCACCAGUGAGGAAUAUUUGGUGAAAGAUGCUUGGAAUGUGCUCCUGAGUAUUAACUCGACACCAAUCUUAAACUUAAGUAUGGGGGAGACAGACCAGCCACCAGGAAAGUUAAUAGAUCAGACUAUUACUGUCAUUUCAAUCCUUGCUCUGUUCAUCACAAUGAUAUCAAUGGGCUGCACGAUGGAAUUACCAAUGAUCAAGCAUCACAUUUUGAAACCGAAGGGGGUGCUGAUUGCAGUGUUUUCUCAAUAUGGGAUUAUGCCCCUAACAGCUUACAGCCUCGCCAAGGCUUUCAGGCUGUCCUCCAUUGAAUCUCUGUCAGUCCUGAUCUGUGGCUGUUGCCCUGGCGGAACCCUCUCCAACAUCUUCUCACUGGCACUGAACGGAGACAUGAAUCUCAGUAUUGUGAUGACCACAUGCUCUACAGUACUAGCACUUGGCAUGAUGCCUCUCCUUCUUUAUCUCUAUUGCAAAAACCUAUCACUGGCAAGUAAAGUCCCAUACAGAGGGAUUUCCAUAACCCUGGUCUUAAUGCUCAUCCCUUGUGGCAUUGGCAUCUUCCUCAAUGACAAGUAUCCAAAGUACUCAAAGACAAUAACUAAAGCAGGCCUGUUCAUUCUUCUUAUCGCAGGAAUAAUAAUUGGCAUCUUGUCAGGAAUGUCAAUUGGGACCAGUCUCUGGAUGCUUUUCUCCUCUCACCUACUUGCUACCACAGCACUCAUGCCCGCUAUAGGAUAUACUUCCGGAUAUGUCCUCUCAUAUCUAUGCAGGUUACCGGAAAGGUGCCGGCGGACGGUUUCUAUGGAAACCGGAUGCCAAAAUGUCCAGCUGUGUACUACCAUCCUCAAAGUUGCUUUCAACCAGGAAGAUAUUUCUGCGCUUUACUUAUUUCCACUCAUUUUCUUGUUGUUCCAAUUUUUUGAAGCAUUGAUUCUUGUAGUGAUCUAUCGAAGUUACGAAAGAAUAAAAAAAUCGAAGGAACACAGUGUCAAAUAAUUUACAUGCCUGUAGAGAACAACAAUGGAACAAGGUACACUUGCUGAAGUUGUGAAACCUUGUGACCGUGGUGACCUUCAAAAGCAGUAAAAUGGAGUCUUCCCUGCACGGACUCGUAGAAAACAGUGGAAAGUUCAUAAGAUAAUUACAACUUUUUUAUUGCAAAUACUUCGUGUUUUUGGCAUCAUAUAACAAGGUCUUGAUUUCAAACUGACCAGCAAGUAAAUUUAGGAAAAUAACACACUCAAUCCAAGUAUACUGCAGACCUUUAGUGUUUGGAUAUAUUUUAUGUUGUUAAAUGACAGCAGUUUCCUGUGUUUUUCUAUUGAUUUAGGGGUCAGGUAGACACAAUAAUUGCUCACCUAUCUCAGAAAACUGUUGAUUUAAACUCCAUUCCACUGAUGAACAGAUAAGAAUAGCUGAUACUCCAGAGUGAGAAAGGAACACCAGCCUUUCUGGUGUUAAAAUGAGGCCUUGUCUAUUUUAUCAUCUCAGCAUAAAAGAUCCCCUGGACACUACUUGGAGAAGAGUUGGCAGCUAUUCUGGUAUCUUGCUCAUCUAUCAUCAGUUGAGAACAUUGAUCAAAACUUCUUUCAAGCCAUGUCUCAAAUUAAACAGCGUAAAGUUACAUCUCAAGGUUACGUAUAGCAGAGUGAAUGCCACAGAAUCAAACAAUCAUAAAGUUUGACAGCAGGGAUAGAGGCUCUUUGACCCAUCAUGCUAAUGCUGGUCAUUAAGCACCCAUUUACCCUAGCUACCUUCCCAGCACUUGGCCCUUGGACUUGUAUUCCGACAUGUUGCAAGUGUUUCACUAAAUACUUCUUAAAUGUGAUGAGGGUUUCGGCCUCCACCGCUUUUUAGAUAGUGAGUUGCAGGUACUCAACAACAACCUGGGUGCAAUAAUUUUUCCUUAAGUCCUUUCUUUGCUAUCCUAUUUUUUUUUUACAUUACCCACCUAUGCUUUCUAUAUUCCUUUCGGGCUUCUGCUGUUUUGCUUUAAGCUUCCUUUUCUGUUUUUAUCCAGGUCUCUACAUGCUUCCGCACUUGUUAGUCCCACCCUUCACCUUUACAGGAACAUGUUGGCCCUAGGUCCUCAUUAUUUCCUUUUUGAGAGACUUCCAUUGCUUUGAUGUAGAUUUUCCUGUAAGUAGCUCCUCCCAGUCCACUUUGGCCAUCUCCUGUCCUGUCAAUAUUUAAAUUGGCCACCACUCAGUUCAGAACAUUUACUUCUGAUCCAUUUAUGUUCUUUUCCACAACUACUUGAAAUCUUACUGAAUUAUGGUCACUAUCAAUGAAAUGCUCCCUCACUGUCACAUCUAUCACUUUCACAGAUUUGUUCCUUAAUGUUAGGUCCAGCAUCACACUCUCUUGUAGGACUUUCUAUGUGCUGGUAUUAGAAGCUCUUUAAAUAUAUUUUAAGUAUUCUGCCCUAUCUAAGCCUUUCACAAUUUGUCUGUUCCAAUUAGUACUGGGGAAGAUGAAAUUCCCUAUUAUUAUUACCCUAUUAUUCUUACAAUUCUCUGAAAUUUACCUCUGUAUCUUUCUGUCUAUCUCUUUCUGACCACUUACAGGAUUUCACUCACAACGAUGUGAUUGUCCCUUUGUUUUGUUUUACGUUCCACCCAUUUGGCCUAAUUUCAGGAACCCUCCAAUAUAUUAUUCCUCUUUCAGGAAUUGACCCUGAUAUUGCAACAGCGUCUCUUCUUUUACACAACCUUGCUUUGCCUAAAGAUUAUGUUUCUUGGAAUAUUGAACUGCCACUUCACCCAUCCCUCAACCAGAUCUCUGAUAGCAAUGAUAUAUCCCCUUGUGUCAACUCAUUUGCCUUGCUUGCAAGACUCCUUACAUUAAAAUAAAUGCCAUUCAACAUUGCCAUGCUCCUUUAUGCUUUAAACUGACAACAUAUGGCCUGUCUUACAAAUUGACAUAGUUUUACUCCUACAUUUGCCUCUGCAACAUCUUUCACUCUAUAUUCCCACCUCUAGCCAAAUUUACACAUCCACCAGCAACGACAAGUGAAUUCCAUAAAUUUGUUGAUCUUGUUCUGGUUCAGGUACAACCCAUGUGACUUGUUCAGGCCCCACCUUUCCCAGGAACAGACUUAAUGGUUCAGGAGUCUAAAGUUCUCCCUCCUGGACCAACUCUUCAUCUGCUCGAUCCAGCUAUUCCUAUACUUGCUAGCAUGUGGCACAGGGAGUCAUUCAAAAAUCACAACCCUUGAGAUCCUGUUUGUCAAUCUACUACCUAGCUCUCUGCAAAAGUGGUCAUCUGGGUUGACUGGAUCAUCUAAGCCUCCCCAGAUACUACAGGGACUUGGCCCCCCUGUCAUACUCAACCUUUAAGCUGGUCUUUGCUUUGUGCUUGCAUUACUUUGGUCAGCUUUUUCAAGGAUUGGGGCUCAUGUUAGGGUUAGCGUCUCCUGCUUCUCGGAUGCUGUCUAACCUGCUGUGCUUUUCCAGAACCGCACAUUCGACUCUGAUCUCCAGCAUCUGCAGCCCUCACUUUCUCCUUGACUGUCUCUCUGAGUAGUUUUGCUGCUUCACUCACUGCUCUAUGACUCUUGUUGUAUUUUAAAUUUAUUUAGUGCAGCCGAAGGAAAAUAGAAAAGCAAUGCUUUAAUGGUGCGACGAUAUGUGCAGCACUUCAGAUAUCUUCUGGAGCUUUCCUCACAUGACCAACCACAUCCUGCAGUCCUGACUCCACUAGCAAAAGUGCCAAAUGCACAUUGCCCCUUCCCAGUGCCAAUCAGAAGGUCUUCUUCACCACCAGAUCAUUACCCUGACUGCCUGAGUGAUUGUCAAACCGUUUUUUCCUCAUCACCAGUUUGUUUUUGUGGUGGUAAAGACGACAUUUGGGGUGCAUUCCUUUAUGAUUUAGGCAAGGUAUGGAAACCAAAAGCCUCUAUGUGAGACAUGCCACUAUGUAACAUAUUGGUUAGCACACAGCUAGAAUUAUAGUUUUGGUCACGACAUUUCAGGAAGGACAUAAUUGCUCUAGAGAGCGUAUGGAGAAGAUUUCAAAGGAUACUGUCAGGGUUUAAAAAUUGCAGCUCUGAGGCUAGGGUUGUCUUUAUUAGAAUAAAGGAGGCUCGGGGUGACUUAAUCAAGGUGUCCAAAAUGGUGAGGAGCUUGGGUAGAGUGAACAGGGAAGACCUGCUUCCUCUACUGGAGAGAUCAAUUACCAGGAGGCACGGAUUCAUGGUGAGCAGUAGAGGAAAGUCCUUUUGGGCCAGAGGCUGGUGGGUAUCUGGAAUUCAUUGCCCAGUUUGUUGAGGCAGAUACCCCCAACAUGUGUAAAAGGAGCCCUGGAUCUGCAGGUGAAACUCUGUAGCCCACAAGGUUACAGAUGAGGAGCUGGAAAGUAGGAUUAGAAUGGGCAACUAGUAUUUUUUUCAGCAGGUGGGCUGAAUGGGCUGUCUCUGUGCUGUACUUUCUAAUGUUCUAUGGCUCCAGAGACAAGGAGGUAUCCAAUUUAUUGAACUUGGCAUUUCUCCAGAAUUGAUUCCAGCAGGACUCUGCGAUAAAUCUUCAACUCCUGGAGUUUUCAGGGCCAUUCACUUUAAAUAUACCUGCUGCUGCCACAUACAUAAUGGAUUGUUGCCAAACCACACACUAUUGCCAGAAAAUCCACUUUGUCCCCCCUUGAAGACACCACUCAGUAGACAACCCUCUGGCUCCCUCAUGAAGUUUCAGUGUGAGUGUGAGAUUUCUAUUCAAAGCUCUGAGGCACAGAGUAAAAUGUCAAUCAGAUGGAUUUAAAGUUCUUGUCAACAGCUAGAAUUAUUUUGCACCUGUUAUGGAGAUGUGUUAUCUGGAAUAUUGAUUUAAAAUAUCAUUGACUGGACACCAUUGUAAAUCCUAGACAUUUUGGAAGGAUACUUUGAAAACCAAAGGAGACUGUCUGCAGCAAGGAAGAACAUGGCAUUUGCAAAGAACACAAGAUGCUCAGCUAGAAUUACAGAGUCUACAAUACUUUCAGAUAAAGAUCCAAUGGCCCAGUUUGUGGGUGCAAUGUAUCUAUUGUAUUUGAAGAUAGAGAGUCACAGCGAUAAUAUACCUGGAGUGAUAUACCCUUUCCAACUUUUUUUCUCUAAAACCUCUUUCAUCAAAAUUUAUGAGUUGUAAAGCCCACUGGAAACCCUUAUCUCUCUAGGUGGAGCAUCCCUUUAUGGAGAAUUCAAAAUCUACACCACUGUCUUCAGAAAAUUGAAGUGAGCCAGCCAUAACUGAUCGAGAAUAACACUCCAGUGCCAACAGUUCAUGUGAUAGUUGACUGUGGCCACAGAUCGACAUUUGGGACAAUCUGUAAAUAAUUAUUUCUUUCUAACUUUAACUAUUAUUUGGGCAGAAAAAGUAUGAUAACAUUGUAGAGAGGACUUUUUUUACUAAUUUAUAUAAUGUGUGUUAGUUUUUAAGGAGGACGGUAAUGUAUAUUUGCACAGCUUAAACAUUUUAGUAAUAAUUUUCAUUUGCAUAAGCUUUGCUGCAAUAAAGUAGUUCUUCAUUUGUUACUUGAGGAACAUGGUUGACCUAUAUCUGAGCUUUAUAUGGAUAUGUAUAACAUAUAUGUAAAAUGGGCACUAUCAUAUCAUUUUUAUUUUCAAACUUUGUUGUGAGCAGUGAAGAAGUAGAACAUAGAAACAGAUCCAUUCAGAUGUAACAUGGUGCUUUGCUGUAAACACCAGUGCAAGGAUUUAUUGCUCUAUAGUGUUUUGCAGUUAGGUCUCCAACCCACAAGCCACAGGUGUAAACAAGUAGAAAUACUAAAUACAGACAAUAGCGAUUUUGCUUAACUGAAUGCAAAUGAUUAUCCUGGUAUUCUUGACAGCAGCCCCAGGUAUGAGCAAAUUACAUGAAUUUUGCACAUCUCCAAUUGCCCUUGGUAUUAAUUUGCCUGUUGUGGUGUGACAGCAGCAGGUGUUCUGGCCUCCCACUGGGGCACAGAGAUGAAAGCACUGCUGCAGGGUCCAGCAGGGACCAAAGUAUCUUGAGGCUUUGGGAAGGAGCAGAGGAGUCUGAGCUUGCAUGUGUAUGCAGGUAAAUACCCUGGAGAGCUUUUCAUAAAUGAAUUAAAUGAGAUGAUGUUCUUUUAAAGCAGCAGUAUUUACAACGCUGGAAAAAAUGUUUGCAAAGAAUGCUGGUCAGUCAAGCUGCCCCAACUUUGAAGCCAAGGAAAUUGAUACUUUGAUGCAGGAAAUAGAGCAAAACCUCUUUGCUCAGCCAGGAUAAGUAACACCAUUCUCUCUCUGCUACCUUUGACUUCCUCAAUUCUGCUGCUGUUCUCAUCUCCCACCAAAGCUCACAGUCUACCACUCUCACGAUUGUAUGUAAUGUCUUCCCUCACUUGCUUUUCCCUCUACAUACUCUCCAAAUAAGCUCUGCGUGGCCUCUAUGCUGCCUACUCAGUCAGUCACUCACUCAGGACACUUCACCAGCUUUCUCCUAUCUGUACUACCCACUUCCAUUUCACUCAAACCCUCCCUUUCUCUCAGUCCUGGACAUACCAUUCCCAAAUAGUGCUAGAAAGAGCCAAGAUGAUUAGUGGGGAUUGUAAUGAGGUCAGCCAGGUGGGCCUUGUAAAAUAUGAGUUCCUGGUUGGGGCUG